AUGCCGAAAAUCUUUCUCAUUAAAAAGCGGCUGCACGAGCAGCAGCUCGGGUUGCAAGAAGGCCAGGAGUUGCUCGCGAGCAAAGCGGACUCCUUGUGCCCCGGCUCUCCCCUCGACGAUGGACCUAUUCCACUUCUCUCCAAAAGGGACAAGGAAUGCAUCGAUCGAGAUGUGUUUGGAGAACACACAGGAAACAAAGCGUCACACGAGCGGCGUACUAAGGAACCGAGGAGAUUCAUUUCGUCGAUUCUUGGAGGUGAAAUUCCCUAUGGCAGUCACAGGGGUCAUGUCCUAACCCAAGCAGAAAGAAAACAAUAUUUACCGGUCGCAGUUGAUAGCAAAAAAGUUGAAGAUAAACCGUUAAUAAAGGAGGAAAAGGAUGUUUUGAAAAAUGAGCCGGUGGUCCUCCCAUCCCGGAAUUCGCCGUCACCAGAUGAUGCGCCAUCUCCCGAUAACAAUGUUACAUGUCAAAAGGUAUCAGUGAUACAAAGAACUCCUUCACAAUCGCAAUUUCAAAAUAAUAAAAAGGAGUUGUCUGACGUACGCCUCCCCGUUACAUUACCUUCCUCAGAACCGGAACAAGACCAGCCAAUCGAUUAUGCAAUUGCAAAAAAGAGAGGUGAGACUGAAGACGAGGAAACUGAAAAGAAAAUAAGAGAACAGAGACGUACUAGCAGUUCUAAAAUAGCGAAUAGCAUCAUCGCUAGGCCAGUUUUAGUACUAAGAAACUGUCCCGGUAAUAAGCUGCCGGGAAUAAUCAGUGCCGCUGCGGGUCACGGUCGUUCGACAAAUGGGAAUAGCUCAAAUUCUGGAUCACAAAAUACAAGUGGUACAGGAAACUUUAGUUCAGGCGGUGGUAGUGCAGCACCUUCUUCAGGAGGUGGCGGUGGUGCGUUAGGUGGUGGCUCUGGAAGUGGUGGAAAUGGUCGUGACGGUAGAUCUAAUUAUGGACCGAACAGCCCACCUACCGGAAGCCUUCCACCUUUUUACGAAACACUGGGUCCUAACAGUAAAGGAGGCCAGAACUCUUUCAACGCUAACAGUAACUUUACAAACGAAUUUAAUAUGAUAAACGGAUUUAACAUGGACUGUGAGAAUACAGAAAAUGCGAACACAAACUUCCCUGAACAGAGCAAACAAUAUUCUUUAAUGCAAAAUGCACAUUACGGAAUAGCAUUAAAAGACGAGGAAAUCGAUUAUGAUAGAAUUGAAAAUAAAUUAGAAAACCUCGGCUCAAUGGGUAAUUACAGUAACAACUUUGAUGAUUCAAUGGUAGUUGACAUGGGUGAAGAUGUUAUUGAUAACAAUCAGUUCUACACAACUUUAACGUUUCCACCUAAUGAUGGAAUACUAAGCAACCUUUCCGAAUCUACUGAAGACUUCGUCAGUCUAUUAAACAAUCACGUGGAACAAAUAACAGAUUCAGAAAUCCGAGAAUCAUCAUCAAUAACUCCAGAUUCAGUUCAUAAUGGAGUAGAUAUUGAGUCUUUGGCUGAACAAGUUAACCUAAGCAGACAGUAUUAUGAAAAAGCGAAUUAUAUCGCUUUCGCAAAUCAAGAACAGGGAUCCUCCUACGGUUUUCCUAAAGAACGGCCCGAUUUAUUAAUGCAACUUAAUCCCGCCCUCUUGCCCCACAACGAAGGGCAAAUGCAGCAACUACAGAUUCACGUUCAACUUCAACAAAGACAACAAAUCCUAUCUCCUGGUUUCCCCUUCACUAGUCAUUCUUUGGAUUUGGAUUCUCCAACCGGUGUCUCUCUUCCAUCGCCCGGCGGCAACAGCUCUUUGGACGGCAACAAUCACAUCGAGAACUCAUCGUUAAGUCCCGCUGCUGCUGUAAGUCUGAAGAAAGGCUCUCUCACCGAUAGCAAAAUGCAAAUUUUGCAACAAAGGUUGGGCCUUCCAGCGGAGUUGCCUUUGGAGUUUAUUAAUGGCGGACACGGUGUUAAGAACCCUCUUGCCACUGAAGCGAACGCCCGACAGCGGGAGGAAGAAAAGAAUAAACAAGUAUUAGUGAGCGAAGACGAUCCAACGAAAUUUGUGUGCAGAGUGUGUUCGAAGAGUUUCACUUUACAGAGGCUUUUAAAUAGACAUAUGAAGUGUCACUCGGAUGUGAAACGAUAUCUUUGCACAUUCUGCGGUAAAGGUUUCAAUGACACAUUCGACUUGAAGAGACACACGAGGACACAUACCGGAGUGCGACCUUACAAGUGCAAUUUGUGCGAAAAAUCUUUCACCCAAAGAUGCUCAUUAGAAUCCCACUGUCUGAAAGUUCACGGCGUUCAGCACACAUACGCUUACAAAGAAAGGAGGACUAAGAUGUAUGUAUGCGAAGAGUGCGGCCACACGACUUCCGAGCCUGAAGAGCAUUACAUGCACCUCAAGAAACAACACCCGUAUUCGCCAGCACUCCUUAAAUUCUACGACAAACGACACUUCAAAUUCACAAACGCAACAUUUGCAAAUCAGCUUCUAGGACAAUUACCAAUGCCAGUUCACAACUAA